CUCGCGAUCUCAGCGGCAAAUUGAACAUCUGUCCGCAAAUUUCUAUUUCCUUUGAACUUACAAGUUCGCCUGCUCUUUUUGGACUUAAGUGUCUGUUAACCAUAUAUUAACGAAAUUUAUUUCCAAGUGGCACCAUCGAAAAUUGAGGUUACCUACACAAAUUUAUGAAGAAUAUGCCAUGUCGCUCUUUAACGACCUAAUCGGUGUUGUGAGGGGUGUCCGACUUGUAGUUGAAGCAGGCAUGAAAUGCCAGCAGGAUAGUGCUCGGCUAAUAUGGAAUAACUCUAGCAUCAAACCCCUUCUAAUGACCUGCCCCACUAACCUGACCACAGCUUUUAAAUCACGCCCAGAUUUAACUACAGAAGUCUUUGAACGAUCACUGGUUGUUGUGCAAGGGCUGAGACAGUACAUCGUAAUGGCUACUCCUAAUUUUGACAUUCAAAAAGAACCAACAGAGAUGGAUCCUCAAUUAAAUGACGAGAUAGAAGAAUUGAACAGGGAGUUCAACAAGACAUUUGAAACUUUGAAAAAAUCACAAAGUAGCUCAAGUACACCACCAUUUCCCGUCGUUCAAGAAUAUGAAGCUCCAAUAGAACAGCUGCAAAAGAAUGCGAAACAAAGUGAAUCGGGCCCUAGACACGAAGUUUUUAUUAAAGCCCCUGUGCCUGAUACGUCGGAAAAAAGUACACCAAGGCCAGUUGCUAAGAAGAAAAUUAAAGUUUCUUUAAGUGAGAAUUCUAAGGCGCGUGUAGUGCCAUCGUCGCGUUUGGGGCGCAUGUUCUCAUUUGGCUCGCUAGCUGCAGGACUAGGAGUGGGCACUGUUGCCCAGUAUGCCCGAAACACCAUUCAGUCAGUAACUGGAAAACAGGAAGAGCCUGCAAACACUUUCAUGUCUACAGCCAACGCAGAGAGGAUUGUUGACACACUGUGUAAAGUUAGAGGUGCGGCGUUAAAACUGGGCCAGCUGCUAAGCAUCCAAGACGACGCGAUGAUAUCACCGGAGCUGCAGCGCAUCUUUGAGCGCGUGCGUCAGUCGGCGGAUUUCAUGCCCUCCUGGCAAGUGGAGAAGGUGAUGAGCUCGCAGCUCGGCUCAGAAUGGCGCAACAAGGUGCAACACUUUGAAGAUAAACCAUUUGCAGCUGCUUCCAUUGGACAAGUCCAUCUGGCGGUGUUACACAGCGGGCAGGAGGUGGCGGUGAAGGUUCAAUACCCGGGGGUAGCCAAGGGUAUCAACAGCGACAUCGACAACCUCGUCGGCGUUCUCAAGGUAUGGAACGUGUUCCCCAAGGGAAUGUUUAUCGACAACAUCGUGGAGGUGGCGAAGAAAGAGCUCGCUUGGGAGGUGGACUACGUUCGAGAGGCCGAGUGCACGAGGAAGUUCAAGCUAUUGCUGCAACCCUACCCUGAGUACUUCGUGCCGGAUGUUAUAGAUAAUCUGUGCGCUGCGGAGGUGAUAACCACUGAGCUAAUCGAGGGCACGCCUCUGGACAAAUUGUUCGACGCGCCGUACGACGUUCGCCACGACAUCGCCUACAAAAUCAUGCAGUUAUGUCUACGCGAGAUGUUCGUACUGCGCUGCAUGCAGACCGACCCCAACUGGGCCAACUUCUUUUACAACACCACCACUAAACAGGUGAUACUAUUGGACUUCGGCGCGACUCGCGAGUAUUCGAAAGAGUUUAUGGACCAGUACAUCGAGAUCAUUAAGGCGGCUUCUGACAACGACCGAUCCGCCGUCCUGCGCAUGUCCAAACAGAUGAAGUUCCUCACUGGAUACGAGUCGAAGAUAAUGGAGGAAACCCACGUUGAAACUGUGAUGAUAAUGGGCGAGGUGUUCACGCGCGAGGGAGAGUUCGACUUUGGCGCUCAACAAACCACUCGGCGUAUUCAAGCGUUGGUACCUACGAUCCUCAGCCACCGGCUCUGCCCGCCUCCUGAGGAAAUCUACUCGCUGCAUAGAAAACUGUCGGGCGUGUUCCUACUAUGUUCCAAAAUGAAAAUCAAAAUGAACUGCAGGAAGAUAUUCCAAGAUAUCUACGACCAAUACCAUUCCGCCAGGUUGAGCUAAAAUCAGCCUAAAUAGUUUAUGUUGUCAUCAGUCAGGGUAAUUGUAAACUGAGAUUUUGAAGGGAAGACUUAACAAAAAAAAUUGCUUCAAUCAAUUUAGUGAAAUUACACACACAUGGGACUUGUCAACUUAUGACCAUGGGUCGGAAAAAGGUGUUCCACAUAUUAUAGUUACAUUUU